AUGAAUUUUCCGGGCGGCAUCUACCCGGGCUAUCCAGCGGAGUUUGGCUUCAACUCGAUGUCAGAUGACAAGUCCGGGAACAACAAUCAGGCCGUGAAAAUGGUGAGUUUUGUCCUGCCGGUAGAUGAGCUGGAAGUUGCGCCACCUCCACCAGUCGUCAUUUGCCCCACUGAAGUUGACCACAUCAACAUCACGCUCGAGAAGAACCAGCAGUGCGCGUGUAAGGACUGCGGGAAGCUGUUCAACUCGGUUUGGUACCUCAAGCAGCACGCCGUCAAGCACUCCAACGAUCGCCCAUUCAAAUGCAAAUUCUGCUUCAAGACGUACAAGUUCCGGUCCAAUCUCUACCAGCACAAGUGUCCGGACAGGCAGAAGAGCGGCCAGACUGGCCGACGUAUGAUCCGCGGCAACGGGCUUCUAUCCCCGAACACCAAGCGCCAAGAGACGAACCAGUUGAUCAAGUCGAGAAUAGAGGCCAAUAUCGCCGGAGAUGAGCCAACAAUGCCG